GAAACUCUCCCCCUGUUUUUCCUAACCAGCGAAUGCGAGACGGUUAUCCUCCAAAACACUCUGAGGGUGACCGUCCGCAUUCCAACAAAACAGUUCGAAAAUGAUUUCUCUUUGUACGAAAUUUUUUCGGUCCCAUGGUACAUUGAAAAAAUCCGGCAAUUUGCUACGUUUUCCACUAAAAACUACAUCUUGAUUGAUAAACUUAUGCAUAUUUUUACACCUAUCUCAGAGCAAUUCCUGUCAUCCUGCCAACCUACACCAUCCUUCAUACUCUGCAAGAACGCAAUUCCUUUAAUAACCCCAAACAAUAAGAUUUGCGAAUAUAAUCUCUUCACAUCUCACUCUGCUUUAAACUGCGAAAAGUCCUUGGUCCCCAAUUUUUCUGAAUACUUCACAAAAGUUGGAGAGCAAUGGCUUUUCUCCGUCGAUAAACCUACCAAAGUAACUAUUAACUGUGAAGGUCGGCUGGAAUUCCACACUCUCACAUCAAUUGGUUUAAUUCAGGGAGCUAAGAAGUGCAGAGUUGCAUCCAAAUUUCAUGUGCUGCAACCAUCC